GAGGUGUUUGUUUACGGAAGUAAUGCUCUUGCAUUCACAUCAGAGUCACAAGACUGAUGACUACAGUAAUUAAGCGAAAACGAAUUUAAUGACAAUAUUUAUUUUUAUUAUUUAAAAAUGAUUCGCAAACGGCCAAGAGGAGAUGGGAUAGCGCCGCCAUAUUUAAGCAUGACCAGGAGAGAAAAAACAGCUCCUCCCCCUGCUCAAUCCCAGUUCCACCUGGACCUCUGGUUCUCCUUCACUGUACAGAACUGGAUCCUGGACUUCGGGAGGCCUAUAGUGAUGAUUAUAUUACCUCUAGAAUGGUUUCCUCUGAACAAGCCCAGCGCUGGAGAUUACUUCCACAUGGCCUACAACGUCAUUACACCAUUUCUGCUGCUGAAGCUAAUGGAGAGAAGUCCCACCACGCUGCCACGCACUGCUGUGUACCUGAGCAUCAUCACGUUCGUCAUGGGCGCCAGCAUCCACCUGGUGGGGGACUCCAUCAACCACCGCCUGAUCCUCAGCGGCUACCAGCUCCACCUGUCUGUCCGAGACAACCCCAUCAUGAAGGACCUCAAUCCUCCCUCUCUGAUUGACUCCUUCGAGCUCCUUUAUUACUACGACGAACAUUUAGGACAUUCCAUGUGGUACGUCCCGUUCUUCCUCAUCCUCUUCCUCUACUUCACUGGCUGCUUCACACAAUCCAAAGAGGAGAAGAUGCCGCACUUGGGUUGGCUGCUGCUGGGUCCUAGUGCUCUCUAUUAUUGGUAUCUGGUGACGGAAGGACAGAUUUUCGUUCUGUACGUCUUCACUUUCUUCGCCAUGGCCGCCACAGUGAUGCGUCAGAAGCGGAAAGGCUACGUGCUGGACAGUAACGGUCGCUUCCUGCUUUACAACUUCAUCAUCACGCUGGUCCUGGUGAUUGUUUGGGUCGUCUAUCUGUGGAACGAUUCCGUCCUGCGCAAAAAGUACCCCGGGAUCAUUUACGUACCAGAACCGUGGUCUUAUUACACAUUACAUAUCAAGGGCAGUUAGUAGGAGGUAACAGGAAGUCACUUAAGAGUCGUAUUAUUGCACAGAAACGUCGUCUCGAAGGUCCUGAGAGUGGUUUAUGAGAGGAGAGUGCACAUUUGAGUAUUUUUGAUAAUCAAGUAUGUUCUGCUGUCUUUUUCCCCAUCAAUCAGAUUGAAAUCAGCCAAUCACACGUGUCCGUGAGCUCACGUAUACAGAACAGAGCCGUCACGACGAUGAUGAUGUCAUACGAUGAUGAGGAGGAAUAAAUAAACAAAAUUGGGAGAACAUAUAGAAAAAUAAAUAAAAGAAAAAAGGCGCAUACUAAGGUUAAAUCAUUUUAAACGAUAUUUCUUUACAUCAGAUACAAGCAGAAGGUUCCUUAUUGCUGCUUUAAACCCUGGUCAGUAUUCCAGCAAGUGGUGAUAAUCAUCCAAAAGAUGAUUUUGAUCAGCGUGAUUUGUUUACAUUUUUCUCCUAUUGAUUUUAAUGUUGGAAAGAUUGCAGAAAAUUUACAUUCUCCAGUGUUUCCUGGGUGAAAAAUGGACAAAUGACCUCUGUGUGUUUGAGGGGUUUUUUUUUUUAAAAUAAAUUGUCCUGCCAAAAAAAAAAAAAAAAAGAAUUUCAAAAAAGUUACCGAUGAAAUGUGGAAAUAUCGACGAAGCACGAAACUUUGCGAGAGCGAAAAAACACAGAAAUAGUUUAAAAAGAACCGUAAAACACGUCAAAAGUUCUGCAGCGAUUCUUGCAGUAAUUUGAAAAAGAAAUCUUGAUUCGAAAGAAAUGACAAAAAGAAUAUUACAGCGCUGGGGACCCAAACGCCGAUUAGAGAAUAUGAAAGACUACGAAAGAGAAUAUGAAAUCGCGUUCAGAACGGAAGAUGCAAACGUUUGAACCGAUAUUAUUUGAAUAUUUGUGUAAUAUUCCUAGGGAACAUUUGUGAAAAUGUCUAGUAUAUAAAGUAUAUUACAUUCAAUAAAUUAAGGGCGUGCAAACUUUCGCACUCCGCCGUAGCUCAGCGAGGAAAAUCGCCAUUAGGGAAGUCUGAUUUUUGAGUGUCGAGUGUGUCGAGUGGUUUACAGAUGAACGUUCAGAGCAGUGAAUUAUUCGAUGUUAUUUCGUGGAAUCUGAAUCCGGCUUUGUUUUACACGCAAAACUCAUUCUUUAAUUCAAAAAAAAAAAAUCAUUUAAAAAAAUGUUUCUGUCGUCGCACGUUCGCGGUUUUGUCCGCAAACGUUUAUAUUCUACUGGAACAUAAAGGAAGUUCAAAUCUAGUUCAUUAAAGUUAAUUAAAAAUAUAAGAAUAAAUCGUGUUUUUAUUGAGAUUACAGGUUAUGCUUUCCAGAAGUGAAUUAUCAUUCGUGUUAUUCUGUAGAAUUUAUUCAUGCGCAUUCACUUUUCUGUCAAAUUCUUUUGUUUGUUUGUGCAAACUUGUAUAUAUUUUAUUAAAAGACGUGUACUGUGCUGCUGUACUGUAA